ACCGUAUUCUCUCGAACGUGUUCCCGGUCGUUAGCUGCGACGGAAGUGGCUGGCGUUCCUCGUUUACGUUCUUCAACCGAGAUUGGUUGUCAGUCUGGGCGGCAGUCUUUUGGGGCAGUCCCACGCGUCCCAAUUCCCCUCAGUUCGGAGGAGACCGUUCUCUAGCGAUUAGUCAGUAAAUCGAAGCGGAUACAUCGUUCUCUAAUCGGUUCCUCGUUUUGCGCUUUCGUGGGCUCUUGAUUAGCCAUAUCCCAAAUUAAAACUCAUCAGGUGCUUGAGGUUUUGGAUACCUUGUCUGGUUGCUGGACCCUCCAGGAGAGACCGGUGCCUCGGGCUGUUACGGCAACAGAAGGAGCAGAGUGCGGCCCAGCAGUGGAUUCCUAGCAUCUGCGAGGGGGGGGAGGCAGUCGUUGGCAGAGUGCGAGCAGACCAGGGGAGAGCCGAUGAGCAGCCACCACACCGCCAGGAUGCGGGCGGGCCCCCGGGACAGCCGAGAGUGGGGCCCUGACGCGGGGUGCCAGUCGGCCCCUGGGGGCGUGGGGGUCUGCGUCCUGAGCAGGCUGAUCCAGCUGCCCGCCCCGCCCCUGUCCCGGCACCAGUUGAAGAGGCUGGAGGAGCAUCGGUACAGCAGCUGUGGCCGGUCCCUGCUGGAGCCCGUCAUGCAGUGCUACUGGGAGUGGCUGGUGGGCCGUGUGCCCACCUGGAUCGCCCCCAACCUCAUCACCAUCGUGGGCCUUGUCACCAACAUCUUCACUACCCUGGUGCUGGUCUACUACUGCCCCACUGCCACAGAGCAGGCACCUUUGUGGGCGUACCUGUCCUGCGCUGUGGGCCUCUUCAUCUACCAAUCACUGGACGCCAUAGACGGGAAGCAGGCGAGACGCACCAAUAGCAGCUCCCCACUGGGAGAGCUUUUUGACCACGGUUGCGACUCACUCUCCACAGUAUUUGUAGUGCUGGGCACCUGCAUCGCCAUACAGCUGGGCACCAACCCUGACUGGAUGUUCUUCUGCUGUUUCGCGGGCAUGUUCAUGUUCUACUGCGCCCACUGGCAGACCUACGUCUCGGGCACCCUUCGCUUCGGCAUCAGAUUUGAUAUCACAGAGUUACAGAUCUGUCUAGCCUUGUUACAGACCUUCACAGCAACGCUGGGGCCCGGGUUUUGGAAUCUGAGGAUCCCACUAAUAAACAUCCAGAUGAAAAUAGUGCCUGCUGUCUGCACGGCCCUCGGGGCCAUCUUCUCCUGCACAAACUACUUCCGGGUCAUAUUCACCGGGGGCGUGGGCAAAAACGGAUCCACAAUAGCAGGAACAAGUGUACUGUCUCCUGUCCUACACAUAGGGUCAGUAAUAAUACUGGCUGUCAUGAUCUACAAGAAAUCCACAGUGCAGCUGUUUGAGAAACACCCCUGUCUCUACAUCCUGGCCUUUGGUUUUGUGUCGGCCAAAAUCACCAACAAACUGGUGGUUGCACAUAUGACAAAAAGUGAAAUGUAUCUUCAUGACUUGGCUUUUCUGGGGCCAGGGCUGAUAUUUCUGGACCAGUAUUUUAACAGCUUUAUUGAUGAAUACCUGGUCUUAUGGAUCGCUCUGGCGCUCUCCCUGUUCGAUCUGGUGCGGUACUGCGUCAGCGUCUGCAAUCAGAUCGCCUCCCACCUGCACAUCUACGUCUUCAAAAUCAAGCCUCUGGCCUCGCUGUCCACUCAGCAAGGACACAACCACCAUUAGUGACUUUCCACUCACCGUCGCCGUCGUCAAAUUCGGUGCAUAAAAAGAGAUCUUUUUAUGGCGUCUUCACGGAGCGAAGGCCAACCAGCGCGGACGCAGGGCUGGAUGGAAUAAAAUGAAAUUUAUUUGUCACCGUCACGUGCAAUUUACCCCUUCCCGCUGGUCUUGUCACAGCCUUCUUGGCAAGCGCAUAAACGAGAAAAAGAAAAGAAAGAAAAUACGUUUUUUCUACUUCUGUUUUGCUUUUGUUUUCAGUGGGGGGUAAAUCAGUUUAAUAAUACUCAAGUACCCACUUCGUCCAAUCUUAUUGCAGAAGGGUCGGUGUGGGUGCAUGUUUUUCUUUUAGCCCAGAACUACAACAACUGAUUAAACAAAUUAACUAAUCAUGGUCUUCGACCAAGACCUUGAUGCAGUGCAAUCAGGUGUCUUAGUGCUGGGCUAAAACAAAAACCUGCACCCAAGCCCUUUUCAGAUGAGUGGAUACCUCUGCUAUAAAUGAAUCGGUACUCUGAUCGCUUAAUGUAUUUUUAGCAGAAUUAGUCUUGGUUUUAGGGAACCUAGGGAAGGCUUCAGAUGUGAAGAUGUACCUUAUUCUUCCUUUGAGAAAAGGUCUUAACAGAAUUACUUUUCAAUUUUAUCCUGUCAUAUUUUCAUACUCGCAUCAAUACUAAACAGCUUUGGCUGAAUAGUCACCAUUGUUUCAAAAUAAAUUCCCAGCCAUAGAUGUGUACCGUAGAUUAAUUUCUGAUCUUCUUGCUGCUGAAUAUUGCCAUUUCAGAAAGACAAAAAAUACUUGCCUCUCCAUUUGGCAAGUUUAAUCUUUUUUGCCUUUUGCUUUGUCUUAUGUGCCAUUUUCACAUUAUGUUACAGUUGCCUGAAAUGUUAAACCCCUUUUUAUUUUUUUCUUUCAUCUAUACAGGCACAUGGAGGAAAACCUGUAUUAUAAACAUCAAAAAUAAAAUGGGAGGCCUUUUAUUUUAUAGGGAGUUUACCUACCAUCUGAUUAACACACCAACCUUUCCUGCCAGUGGAAUUAGCUAAACACAAUUCACAUAAUGUGUGAUUAAAAAGUUUUUUUAAAAUUAAUUAAUAAACUUGCCAACUUGAACUCAGGAAAAGUUCACGCCAUUUUUGUAUAGGUGACAUAAUACUGACCUUUCCAAGUGCAAUCAUGAAGAUGGCAAUCUUGCCAUAACUGUACAAUACAUGAUUUGUAGAGAUUUGUUUCUGUACUAUGAUGCAUGUUAAGGCAGCUAGCUUUAGCAAAUAUGUACAACUGUUGAAACAACCAAAACUGACAAAUUCAAGCGUUUGGCUUUCUGUUUACUGAUGUUUGAAGAAGAAUUAGCUUUCUUUUUUUCUUUUUUUAACCAUUUUAAAUGUGUGUAAUUCUUUAUAUAUAAUCUUUUCCCUUUUGCUAUGAGACCGAUUUGGAUACUAUUUGGCAGCUACCCGCUUUGUACAAAACAUUGAAUUAUAUCAUUACUGAUUGAAAUAUUGUUGCAGCAGUGUUACACCCUAACCUUAAUUCAUGUAUUGCAUGAAAUAUCCAUUUGGACUAUUGUCCAAGCCAUUAAAAACAAUGGUUGCCUUAAAUUUCUACAGUUGAUAAAACCCUUGCCUUCCAUUACGGACAAGUAUUAUUAGCAAGGCAUGCCAUCUUUUGAGUGUCCACUGGGAAAGGUUAGUAUUGACUUUAUUGGCGGUCGUUAAAACUAUGGUCUAUAGGUUUAUAAGUGAGUGUUUACUGGGGGGCGAGAGUAGGCCAGUCCUUCAUCUACCAAUAUUGUAGCAAAUCCAAAUAUGAGGCCUGUUCCCAAAAGUCCAGUAUGGCUUUCUUGGUUGGUGGCCAUUGCUCUCUCAUUCAGUUACAUUUUAGGGGUUUAACCGUGUUUGCACUUUUUUUGUCAAUUUCUUUGUCAAAUGCCUCCACCUCGAUCAGAAAUGUUUUCAGCAGUCAGAUUUACAGGUAACGAGAGUCAUGUGAUAUUGCUUUGAAGAGAUGUAAUUGUUUCUAAUUUUCCUGUCAUAAUUCAUGCCAUGCAAUAUCUAAGUGUGAAUUUUUAAAACUCUGUAAAGGAGUUACGAAUGUUUGAUUUCUGUGUACGAUGUGUGUUACUACGGUACAGCUCUGUUGUGUGAGCUGAUUAACAGGUACCUGAAUAUGGCGUUUCUUGUCAUUGUAUCAUUUUCUGGCCAAACAUAAGCCACAAAGUAUAUGACAAAAAUAAAAUCAAACUAAAUGGUAUUUAA